CAUUAUAAUAUAACUUGUUCUUAUUGCAUAACAUAGUAACUUGUUAUUAUGAUGUAGCAUAACAUAAUAACUUGUUACUAUAGCACAGUAAUUUGCUAUUAUGGCGUAACAUAAUUAUUAUUAAAGCACAAUGUAAUAAUUUGUUGUUAUGAUAUAGCACAAUAUAAUAAUUUGUUAUUAUGGCAUAACAUAAUUUGUUAUUAUGAUAUAACAACAUAAUAAUUAUAGUUAUUUUGACAUAACAAUAAUUUAUUAGGUCGUUAGUUGUAAUGAAACUAGUACUGAUUUGUUUUUUAGCUAAUACUCUAAUUGGUUUAAUUGUUUAAAUGUUACGUUUGAGGUAAGUUGAGCUGGAAAUAAAUGUGAUGUAAGUGGUUUUUUAUGGUUUUAAGAUUUGAAGUUAUUGUAGGUUUUUUUUAAUGAUGGGUAAAUUUUUUUAGUGUUUUAUUUUUUAAAAUGUUUUUAUGGUUUUUUAAAUGUUUUUAUGGCUUUUUAAAUGUUUUUAUGGUUUUUCAUCGUCACCUCCUAACCAGGACGUGUCUCUCUGGGGCAACACUGACGGGGAGGGAUUGUGGGUUUGGGAGCAAAAAGAUCCCAAAAAUUCCUCACCCCGGGAGGCCAUGUCACUGUUUCAUUGAUCCUUGUAAUAUAUCGUGUAUUUAUUACAUUUUAUACAUUACAUAUAUAAAGGCAGCAUUGAGAGCCAUGAAAAUUAUAACUUCUUCCUAAGCCUGAAAAAUGUUUUGCAUUAAAUAUUUGCACAAAGAUACAGAGAACCGACUCCACUUGGGCACUGGAGAAUCCCUUAAAAUUUGAAUCCAGGAUUUUGCUUGGACUUCUUUCAUACAAGGCUUUGCUCAGAGUCUGAUACAGAGAUUUUUUUUUUUUUAGGAGCAUAUUUAAGGUUGUUUUUGAGCUGUGUGAUCACAAAAAGGAAUUCCCUAUGCAUUUUCUUGCCCAAAAUUCCUUGAAAUCCUCUGAUUUGGGCUGAACUUCGGGCUCGUGACUGUGCCAAGGGCAGCAGCAGCUGCAGGAGCAAGUGCUGUGGUGCUGCCUCUCCUUCUCCCUCCUCCUCCUCCAUCCCUGGAGCAUCCCAGGAGCUGAUUUCCUCUGGAAAAUUCCUUCUGGGAUCACAGAACCCCUGCACACUCACCCAGGCUGUUCCCAGCUUGUUCCUCCCCUAAAGCAGCUGGAGAGCAGAAUCACACUUGAGAAAUUCAAUUAAUGAUCCAAACUUGGCUGCCCCAUCCCAGCUGUUCUGAGCAGCAAGGACAUCUCUUAAAAUUUCCUCAGACCAGGAAAAACGAGUUAUUUUGAGGAGUUUCACAUGGUGGGAGCUGCUCAAGGCAUGCUGAGGGUGGUGUAUGUUUAAGAGAUGGAGAGCCACCAGAUUUUAAAGGUUUAGAGCCUUCUCCAUGCCAAAUUUGUUCAGUUUUGGGGUUUUCUUUCAUUACAGCGAGUAAAACCUCACUGAUUUGGACUCCUGGAAGCCAAAUCUCCCCUCACAACGUGGGGCCUUUAAGGAAAACAUCAAUUUUUGUGAGGUCAGCCAUAAAAUCAUGCGGGUUGGCAACGGGAAGGAGCAGAUGGAGACGUGCCAAAGGUUGUGGCCUCUGCGUGGGGCAAUUAUUUAAUCCCUGUUUGUGGGUUUGUGUCAGGGGCAACGUCCCCCCCUCUGCAGCAGAGAUGUGCACAGGGAGGGGAAAAUCCCUCUGGAUGAGAGGAGGAAAAUGUCCCUCUGUCCCCUUCCAGCUGUUUUCCCUUCCAGCUGUUCUCCACAGAGCAGGGAGAUGCUUCCAGCUGUUCCCCCUGCCCUGCAAAGCGGAGCUGGGAAGGGAAAACUGGGAUGAAGAAGGGCUGGGAUAGGUCAACAAAAACCAUUAAAAUACUAAAUUUCAGCUUUGGGCAUAAAAAUUGGGGGGGGGGGGGGAUGAAGUUUUUUGGUGGUGCUGUAGCUGUAAGGACAGGGAGAGUUCGUAGCCAACUUUCCACCAGGCUUGGAGCAGAAAGGAAAAGAAAUCCCAAAGAAGGAGGAAACAUUCUUAUCCUGCUGCAGCACCUCCGCUUCCCGCCUCCCUCUCCUGCUCCAAGGAGCUCUUUUUGCUAUUUUUAGCCCUAAACCCUUCGACUGUUUGAAUGAUCUGAUUUUUUUUUUCCAUGAGCACCGCUCUUGGCUCCGUUAAGAGCGAGCGCGAGUUCUUCAUCUCGCUCUCUUUUUUAUGGCGUUUUUCACGCUGGCUGAGAAGGAAAAUCCAAAAAUCCAACCAAAGGGAAGCCGAAGGAAUCCUUGCUGUCCCAGGGAGCGCUGGGGUUGCAGAUCCACAGGAGUUUUCCCUUCUCCACGUCAGAGCCGUGGCGGGGUGGGAGGGAGGAGGAGAGCGGCGCUGGGAGCGGCACCAGACGGGAUCCACGCACCCACAGCUGGCCAGGAUGGGACAAUUUUGGGAAGGACAGAGCCCAGAGCUUCUCCGUUAUAACUGAGUAGCCCUUAUGACCAACAUGAGCUGGAGCUUCCUCACCCGCCUGCUAGAAGAGAUUCACAAUCACUCCACCUUCGUGGGGAAGGUCUGGCUCACCGUGCUCAUCGUCUUCCGCAUCGUCCUGACGGCGGUGGGGGGCGAGUCCAUCUACUCCGAUGAGCAGAGCAAGUUCACCUGCAACACCAAGCAGCCGGGCUGCGACAACGUCUGCUACGAUGCCUUCGCGCCGCUGUCGCACGUCCGCUUCUGGGUCUUCCAGAUCAUCGUCAUCUCCACGCCCUCCGUCAUGUACCUGGGCUACGCCAUCCACAGGAUCGCCCGCUCGGCCGAGGAGGAGAAGAAGUUCAAGGGGUUCAAGAAGAAGAAGCAGUUUGCCCUGAACUGGCAGGCCGUGCGCAACAUGGAGGAUGCCAUGGAGGCCGACGAGGAGGAGCCCAUGAUCUCCGACGACGCGGCCGAGCACGAGAAGGCCAAGGCCAAGCCCAAGUGCAAGGAGCAGCAGAAGCACGACGGGAGGAGGCGCAUCCAGCAGGAGGGACUGAUGAAAAUCUACGUCUUCCAGCUCCUCACCCGGGCUUCCUUCGAGGUUUGCUUUUUGAUAGGGCAGUAUUUGCUCUACGGUUUCGAGGUGGAAGCUUAUUAUGUCUGCAACAGGGUCCCUUGUCCCCACACCGUGGACUGCUUUGUGUCCCGGCCCACGGAGAAGACCAUAUUCCUCCUGGUGAUGUACGUGGUGAGCUGCCUGUGCCUGCUGCUGAACAUGUGCGAGAUGUUCCACCUGGGAUUCGGCACCAUCCGCGACGCCAUCCGCAACCGGAAAAUCAACAGCUUCCGGCAGCCCCCCUACAACUACGCCUACCCCAAGAACAUCUCCUGCCCUCCCGAGUACAACCUGGUGGUCAAAUCCGAGAAGUCCACCAAGAUCCCCAACAGCCUGAUGGCCCACGAGCAGAACUUGGCCAACGUGGCUCAGGAGCAGCAGUGCACCAGCCCCGACGAGAACCUGCCGGCGGAUCUGUCCACGCUGCACAAGCACCUGCGGGUGGCCCAGGAGCAGCUGGACAUCGCCUUCCAGAGCUACAGCAGCACCCAGGCCAACACCCAGCCCUCCCGGACCAGCAGCCCCGCCUCGGGGGGCACCGUGGUGGAGCAGAACAGGGCCAACACCGCCCAGGAGAAACAAGGUGCUAAACCCAAGGCCUCCCUGGAGAAAGGCAGCUCCAGCAGCAAAGAUGGGAAGACGUCUGUGUGGAUAUAGCUCUGCCAGGAAGGCGAGAGGGCGGCGUGAGCGGGGUUUUUAUUUCGGUUUGUUUCUGGUUUUCGGUGUUGUCUCGCGUUUGUUUCGCAGGGCACGGUUUUUGUGUGGAAGUCAAGAGAGUAACGGGAGUUUCGAACCAAUUUAGUGCUGUCUUCCACUGUGCUAACAAGAGACAUUUUUUCCCUGUUUCUGAGGUGUUCUCCAGCUGGGAACCUCCCAGUGAGUAACAGCAAACCCCCCGGACCUCCCAGCCCCUGGGUCAGUGCCGGAGCCCCCAGCAGAGACUGGACAAUGAGCUGUGCUGGGAAGAGGAGCUACUGGCAGCUCAGGAGGGCAGUGAGGCUGACAGGGAUCAGCACCCUCCUGCAUGGCAAGGCUCGAGUGCUGCAGGCCAGGCAGUGUUUAAUUACUAAACACCCUUAAUCAAGUUAAUUUCUGAUCCUUUGGUGAGAAAACUGCUGACAUAUUGCAGGGACCUUGGUGGCAGGCUCACAGCUGAUGGCCUGCCUGGGCUGGCAGAUGCCAGUGAAGGCCUCGUUGGAUGCUGUGAGCCAGAGCUGGCACCCAAAUCAGGUCUGGGGCAGGAACACAGUGACUGCCUCACACAGGGAGACCUGAAACCGGUUUAAUCUUUUCUUCCUCUGCAUCAAAGCAAAAAGCAAAUCUGUUCCAAACCCUCCAGAGCAGGAGCGAGCAGUGACAUUGCAUCCUACUGGUGCCUGUGUAGCACUUGCUACAGAUGUGAUGGGAUUUAUUGCAGUUACAGAGUUUUAAACAAACUGCUGCUUCACAUCAUCAGAAAGUGCCUUUAUGCAACCAGGAAAACAAAAGUGUAAAGGGUUGAGGCUCCUUUACUUGCUGAAUUUUAGAAGAUUGGUGUCGGCAAAUUUGUUUUUCUGAUUAAUUGAGGAAAAGCGCUGUUGACAAAUUUGUUUUUCUGAUUAAUCAAACCCUUAUAAAUAGUGGCAGGUGGCAGAUCUAUGCAUAGUCUCUGGUGUGUGUGUGUGUCCACGUGUGUGUGAAAGUAGAUGUAGAGAGCUAGGUGUAAAUGUAAUAUCAACCCUCUGCUCCUUCUACAGCCUUCCACCUCCCCUGAGAAAACCCAGCUGCUCCGGGGCUGGGGCUGAUCUCAUCCUGGGGCUUUUAACCUCCAGCCCCACCUGGGGAACUGGGAGGGUUCCCACACGUGCUGGGGGGGCUUUGCAGAAGGUCUGGCUUCAGUGGGGACAGGACCAGGAUAACAGCAGGAAGUUUUUCCUGAGUUUAUGAGGAAUCUUUUUUUUCAGCUGGGCUUGACUUUAGGGUGGUUUUUGUGCACUUACAGUAUUUUGGGUGUGUAUUAAAAUCAAGCUGCUGAGUUCCAAAGCUCAUACUCUUCCUUGUCAGAGGGUGGUUUUCAUCAACCCAGGUAGGCAGAGUCUUCAAGAUCAAACCAAUUGCAAAAGAAGUAAUUUCUCCCUGAGCACUGCACUGUCCCUGUGCCAAACUGUUCCCUUGGGCUGUGCCAGGAUUUCUUAUCCAUGGGAUAUUCCUGACUUCUCACUGGACAUCACUCCCAUGUCCUUGAGAUCAGUCCCUAACAGCCCUGAGGAUGCCUGUUCCCCAAGUGUCCAGCCCUUUGGCCAUUUUUGGGAACAGGCAGAGAAUUUGGAUAUGCCCUUCAUCUCCUGGGAACUUAGGCCGAGCUGUGUGAUGCAUUAGAGAGCAGUCCUGGAAGUAAAAAAACAACAACAAAAAAAGUAGAAUUAAAGGGAAAGCAGAGAAACAUCCUAUGAGGUAUCCAGCAGCAAAUAUUCAGCUUUGUGGCUUUGUGUAGCUGUCUGGGGAACGCUUCCAGGCCUGCUCCUGGUGCUGCUGAAGGCAUUGGUAAAAUGCAUGGAAUGCUGUUUGCUCUUGCAGCUUGAGACCUUUCCCUCACAAAGGGGGAACUGGAUCCAGGAGGAUCAGCACAGCAGCAGCCAGCAGUGCCAUCCAUCCAUCCAUCAUCUAUCAUCCAUCCAUCUAUCUAUCCAUCCAUCCAUCCGUCAUCCAUCCAUCCAUCCAUCAUCCAUCCAUCCAUCCAUCCAUCCAUCCAUCAUCCAUCCAUCCAUCCAUCCAUCCAUCCAUCCAUCCAUCCAUCAUCCAUCCAUCAUCCAUCCAUCCAUCAUCCAUCCAUCCAUCAAUCCAUCCAUCCAUCAUCCAUCAUCCAUCCAUCCAUCCAUCCAUCCAUCCAUCCAUCCAUCCAUCCAUCCAUUCAUCCAUCCAUCCAUCCCCUUCUGCUGGUAGUUUUGUAGGAAAGGCUCAGAAGGGUCACACCACGGUGGUGGGGAGACAAACACAUCCAACUGCUCUGUUUGUCCUUCUCCCUUGUGUGGGAAUGUGCUCUCUGCUGGCUGGGGAUGUGCUGGGCACGGCAGGAGAGGCUAGGUGCUGAAACCUGGAAAAUAAAAACCUGUUUUCAGGCUGCUGGGGAGGAGAGAGAGGUGAUCCUGGGUGCAAAUUUGUUCCCUGGUUGCUGCAGCUGCUACAUCAGUAGGACUUCUCCUUUAUUCCCAGCCCUGUGUCCCAUGAGAAACUGAGUGUAUUUAAAGUCGUGAUCCCAAGGGAGGGAUGGAAACUCUGAGGAUAACUGGCUGGAUGCUGCCUGGGUUCUUCUGAUUCCUUUUCCAUGAGCAACAAUACCCGAGCCCCAGAUAAACUUGUGCUUCCCACAGGAUGCUGGAAGGCACCGCCCCGUGCAGGAGUUGGGAUUUUGGGUUUCUCCUGACACCUCCCUCAGCACCACUCAUGGCCUGAGCACUUCCUGGUGACUCAAAUCUGCCCCUCAGCUCCUGCUGACCUGCAGAUCCCCCCUGAGUCACCACACCAGCAACAGGAAUGUGACUCCCUUGCUCUUGCUCCAGGAAAAAAUCUUGGCUAAUGCCUCGCUGUGGGAACAGCAGAUUUUAAGUUAAAACCCCCCAAACCUGGUCACAGAGACCUGAUGGACUCCUUAAACCCAGUCCAUACAGCAGGGCUGCCCCAGCAAUGCCCCAGCAGUGCCCACAGGAGAAGAUUCCAGCUUCAGAGCACCAGGGUGGGAAAAAGACCAUGGAUCUUCUUGUCAACUUGCCACCAUCAAAUGACUCCCUAAAGGGUGACAUGAACCCCCUCUCUGCAACCCCACGGAGACAUGGGGAAGUCUCAUGCCUUUAACCUCUGCAUAUUUUGGCUCUUUGGAGACUGUUUUCACCCUCAAAUCUGCUUUAAGCUGAACACCUCCAGUCCUACCAACCUUUCUGCAAGGGCUGCUUUUCUAGCGUGGUUUUCCCUGGGGUCUUUGGACCAACAGCAGCCACCUCACGUCUUCCCAGCAGUGUGGCAGUGCUGCUCCUCCUGUCACCUUCCCUCCCUUCUCCUCUUCCUGUGCCCUUCCCUCUCCAGAUGCGUGGUUGUACAGUCAGAAUCUUCCUGCCGUCCUUCAAAGCCCCUUUUUAUUGUCACACAGUGAGCCAAGGGGGGCUCUGAGUGACCCCUGGGUCCUGCAGAGGGUUUGGAGCCUGUCCCCAGCUGGUGUCACCCUCACAUCUCAUACACCCACGCUGUUUUCUGCAGGGAGAGUCAAUAACUGCAAUAUUGAUGGGUACCAGAGCCAGGGCAGACUCUUGGGGGAUCAAUAACCCCCUUGUCAGUCAGGGACAUGGGGUGAUGGGGUGACCACUCCCAGCCCUGCUCACCCCUCAGGCCUGGAGUACUUUCCUGCAUAGCAUCCCUUCCCAGUGGGAACUGGUGCUGCUUUCCCACGUUUUCCAAGAGUUUUGACAGGGAACCAAAAACAGGGGUGUAUUCCCAGCUGGUGUCAGGGGUGCCUGGGAGGGAUGCAAAGUUGCCUGUGAGGUCCCAGCAAGCCUGGAGGACACUGCUGAUCCUCUGAGCCUGGGGAGGAGGGAUCCCAGUUCUCCCAGAUCCCAUCUGGGCUACACACAGCCCUAGGAACAGAAAAGAUUAUUACUAUUAAUAUGAUUAUUGCUAUGUAUACUGAUUUGCUCUUUCCCCCCUUCCUCCUCCACUCUGUGACCUAUAAACCCUUUAGGAUGUUGGGUUUCUCCACUGAGUCACUGCCACAAUGGUGACAAAUGCAAUGAGGACUCUGCAGGAAUGACUCCUUUCCGGGCAGGAGCAACAGUCCCUUCUUUUAUCCAGUCAGUGGGGACAGGAAAAGGAUAGAGCAGCAAAAUAUUCACAGCCACAAGCAAAAUCCCCACCACAAUUGUUCCUAACUCAAGCAGCAGCUCCAGGAAAUUCAUUUAGAGGGCGGAGCAUCAGCCUCGGAAGAAAUGCCAAUGGUAUAAUUAAUGCUUUACUUUUAUUUUUGUCUUUUCUCCAGGUAGCAGUUUUGUCCACACAUAAGACAGGUUUAGCUUUGUGGCUGAACUAAUCAUAAAUGUUGACUCUCUCAUUAAACUGGUCAGAUAAAGUGCCCACACUUAUAUUUCUCUUACCAUUCAGGGCCUGGAAUGUCCCACAAAAGCCAGAUUACCUUCAUGCUUGCAUUGCAUUCCACUGGGAAAUACUUGAACUAAACUCAAGGCCAUAACCAGUUUGUGCUGUUACAAAGUGUCUGGGAUUGGUGGGUUUUUUUGGGUUUUUUUUUUUUGGUUUUUUUGGUUUUUUUUUUUUAAUGUACUAACUGUAUUUGUACUAGAAAUUUUUUGGAGUAUGAGGUCGAAUCUGUAAGUAUUUUCCAGUGUAAAUGUUACAUCUGGGCUGUAGUUAGAAUAUGAAACACUGGUCAAAAGUGAAAGGGACAUCAGUCCAACUCAAUGUGGCUAUUCCACACCAUUACUAAUAAUACAGAAUAAAACUUACAUUUUGUUACAGUA